AUGUCCUCCGUCGCUCGCGCUAUCCGCCCCCUCGCUUCCCGGGUCCUCGCCCAGAAGCCUAUUGCUCCCGUCUGCAAGGCUACACCUGCUUUCCGUUUCCCGCGGGGAACAAGGAGCUUCUCCCAGAGCCCCCUCUCCCAGCUGAAGAAGUACACCGAGUCACACGAAUGGAUUGAGUUGGCCGAAGGUGGAAAGACCGCCAAGAUCGGCAUCACCGAUUACGCUGCCCACUCUCUGGGUGAUGUUGUCUACGUCGAGCUCCCCGAGGAAGACCUUGAGGUCUCUGCUGGAGAGCCUGUUGGAGCUGUCGAGUCCGUCAAGUCCGCUUCCGAUGUCCUCUCGCCUGUCGCUGGCAAGAUCAUCCGCGGUAACGCCGUUCUCGAGGAUAAGGCUAAGACCAUCAACGAGAGCCCCGAGGGUGAGGGCUGGAUUGCUGAGAUUGAGGUUGCCGAUGUUGCUGAGCUCGAGCAGCUCCUCGACGAGGCUGCCUACAAGGAGACCAUUGAUGCUUAG